CAUUAUCUGACAGAAUUGCAGGGGUGCCAAUACUUUUGUCCAUGACUGUAUAUAUAUAUAGGGGUGGCACGGAUGAUGCAGUGGGUAGCACUGCCGCCUUGAAUCCCGGUCGGCCGGGGCCUCUCUGUGUGGAGUUUGCAUGUUCCCCCCGUGUUCGCGUGGGUUUCCUCCGGGUACUCCCACAGUCCAAAGACAUGCAGGUUAGGCUGAUUACAAACCCCCAAGGGUGGCCUGUAGUGUAGUGGUUAAGGUAAAUGCCUGGGACACGCAAGGUUAGUGGUUUUUAAAUUAGCCUAGAUAUGACACUUCCCUGCUGAAUUUUUUUUUUUUUUAAACCCUGCAAAAAACAUCAACAACAACAACAACAAAAAACAGCUUAGGUAAGGUUUUGAAACAGCCGGUAGCUGGUUGACCAGUUCAACCAGCUCCAUACUCAACAUAGUUUGACCAUCUCGAGCUAUGUUUUGAAACAGCUGGUAACUGAAAUAGCUGAAUUCUACGCCAGGGUUAUCAAUUCACUGACACUUUAUUCGAUACCAGACCUUGUCUGGCUUGCUUCAACUUUGUAUUGUGUCUGCGUAAAACACGAAGAUUAAAAGUUACAUUGCACCCGUUCGUCGAAUUAGCUGCUUUGCCACCUCCAGUAGGCUAGUAUUGUGAUCACGUAGUUGUCUUCAUUCAUUACCGUUUGGACGCAGAUGAACAAUCAAUCAAUAGGGGCGUUGUAUACGUGAAAUUUUCAAAAGAUCACAAAAGGCACCAACAUCCCUAUUGGGCCACACCUCAGAUCUAAGUCAUCUUUACAGCUAAAUGAUCUAGCUUCAGAAUAAGCCUCCGAGUCACCACCAAAGAAAUACGAGUAGCCUUCGCUGCUUCUGAUUUGAUAAUCAGACCUCUUCCUCAUUCCUCAAAUAUAUUUAAUCAGCAUUUAAAAGUGAAACAUUUCUGGGGUUCUUCAGAAGGCUUACGUACGGAUGGAAAUACUCACGUCCUCACUCAGGCUUCACAAGGUUUGAAAGACAUCAGCUGGUUCUACAUGGAGAAAAAAAUGUUAUUGAAAUGGCAAUUAUGCAUUACAGUCAUCUUUGUAUUAACGAAUGCCAUGUGGAUGAAUCGUAAGAAUUUCAGCUUAAGCCUUUAUGUACAUGAUGACACAAUUAUCCAUAAUGAUGACAGUCCAAUACACUCAAGCCAGACAACUAUAACCCCAAUUAAGAACGCAAAACAGACAACUGUAACCCCAGUUAAGAACUCAAAACAGAAAACUAUAACCCCAGUUAAGAACUCAAAACAUUUAAUGGUUUCUGCCUUCAAAGACCACAGGGUAAAGGGAGCAACUCGGAUCAUUAGCAUCUUAAACAGAGACCACCUGCAGCCACUGUUUUGUAUUUUCUGUUGUGGAAACAAUUAUUCCACUCAAGCAGAAAUAGAUAUGCACAGUGACAAUUUAGGAUUUUCAUAUGGGACUACUGAUGUGCUGUGUAAAAAUAAACCAAACUGCGAUGCCACACAUGUCACACUCUCUCUCCUGCCAGACAAGGUGGACAGCAACAUAGACUUCCUACCAAUACAGAACCAGAAAUGGCAAGAGGAAGCCUUCCCAUAUGAAUUUACAGUUUGCAUCUCCAACCUAUUUGCAAGCUAUAACAAUGUCCUUCAGUUUGUACAGGCUAUGGAAGUGUACAGGCUCCUGGGUAUUCAGAGAGUGGUUAUCUACAACACCAGCUGUGGUCCAGACCUUGAGAAGGUGCUGCAUUACUACAGUGAGGAGGGCAUGCUGGAAAUUGUACAAUGGCCAAUAGACCAAUUCCUCAACCACUCCAAAGGCUGGAACUUCAAAAAGCACGGGGGGGACAUGCAAUACUAUGGUCAACUGACUACUCUUAAUGAGUGCAUCUACAGAAACAUGUACAGGUCCCGGUAUGUGCUGCUAAAUGACAUUGAUGAGAUCAUUAUGCCUUACCAACACGCAAACUUGCAUCUGCUCCUGGAAGACCUCCAACACCAACAACCAAAUGUGGCUGUUUUUCUCAUUGAGAACCACAUUUUCCCGAAAAGCCAGUUUGAUGAGAGCGGUCGGUUCAACCGCACAGAGUGGAAGAAGGUGCCAGGGAUCAACAUCCUGGAACAUGUCUACAGAGAGCCAGACAGGAAGCACGUUUUUAAUCCUACCAAGAUACUUGCCAAUCCCAGGCAGGUAGUGCAGACGUCUGUGCACUCAGUCCUAAAGAAUUAUGGAGGUACUUAUAGGGUACCGCCAGAUGUGUGCAGAAUUGUGCAUGUCAGAGGGCCCCUACAAGGAAGCCUCACCAAGGAACAACUGUUUGUAGACAAAAAGCUUUGGGAAUUUGAAAAGGCCCUCCUGCCAAAUGUUGAUAAUGUAUUGAAGAAAUCUGGGAUCUUCAAUAGAAGUGUCUACAGGGUUUUAUUUUUAUUUUCUGUAAAUGUGAAGUUUUAAUUCUCUGCACUUUUAAUGAGUGAGUGCCAAGCGAGUGCCAAGAUUGUUCCUAUAGCAUUUGGGUGAAUGGGAAGGAAUGAAACCUGAAUUAAUAUUUAUUUAUUUGUCUGGAGUGGACUCUGAGUGUUUCCACUUCUAUUUAUACAAUAAUUUGGAGAUUAAUGAUUUUAGCACAUUCUUCUGUUGAUUGAUAUGUUUUUGUAGAGCAAUCCAUUCUGAAUUUAUCGAUAUGCUUAUUCUUUUGAGUAUUCCACUUGCACGAAUGUAUCGAUUGUCCAUCAGCUCACACUUUUAUGCAGAAAGAAUUCCUAUCUUGUGGCUGAUGAAAGCAUUCGUACCUCAUGUUACGACAGAAUGUUAACUAAUUUUAAGAAUGUCAAACUACAUUCUUACAAUGGACCAGUUUGUUGGUUGGGUGAUUUUGGUAUUUCUAGUCUUGAAUCUUUUCUAAAAAUAUUUAUAUGCACUGCAAUUCAUUUUUAAAUAUGUGACCUUUCCAUUACGAACUUUUUUUGAACUAUGUGUCGAUAUCACAUUGCUCUAUGCUGUUCUGUAUUGCGUUUGAUAUUUCUGAAGCUAUAAACCCAAAAAAUCAUACGUUAAAAUGGUGAAAUACAAAGGUUAACUCUUAGAACAAUGAUUUAUGAUAUUGGAAACCUAA